GCGGUUUAAAUACCCUCUGAGAGAGGAUGCUGGGAUUUAAAGGAGCACAGCUUUGAUUAUCAGCCAACAUUUUCCAAGGGGUUUCUCAACAAAAACUACAAUUCCCAGGUACGCUAAUAUCAUCAGCCCUUGCCUGUUUGGCUCAUCCUUGAGAGGAGUUCAGAUUGGCUCCCUGCUGCAUUUUGCUGACAGAUAACGACAAAUGAAAUAAUUAUCGCACCGGCCAACGGGACCUUUACGGUGAGUGUCUCUGAAAUCAGCGACAGAUAGGAAAUAUUUAUGUAAAAUGAUGUGGUCUGUGAACGUCCACCUGAGGAGAAUUUCUCCAGGAGACCAAUUUGUCCCCAAAACAUCAUAGCUUAAUUAGAAAACCCUCUGCCUCCUCUGCCUGUUAUCCCCACAGGCUGCAUUGAGGAGCUAACUGGGUUACGUCUCAGUCGCUGAGCACGAUCUGAAUUGUCAUGGUUUCUCUCAUGAAUUGUCUCUUCUUUUUGCUGAAGAUGUGAGCACUCCUUCCUGUCAUUCUUAUUGGGAGUCAGCAUGGCGCAGGAGGAGGACAAACACAGCCUGGAGGCGAAAUUUGCUGCUGCAGUUAAAGUGAUCCGGACUUUGCCUGAGGAAGGUGAUGGCUGCUCUUUAUUACAGCCUGUUUAGAUCUAUUCAAGGGUCACUGAUGUGCUAGACUGUAUGAAACCUGCUCCUUUCUGGUACCUAGGUGAUUAACCUACAUGGAGAGCAUUUGGUGCUGUUGAACUCUUGUCUAACCCAAAGAUAAAGCUGCUCAUGAUAAGAGCCAGGGGUGGAAAGAGUAGCCUACUAAAGUAUUCAUCUUAGUUGAAGUAUGGUUACUUUAUUGAUAUUUUACUUCAGUAGUAGUAGUAGUAAAACGACCAGACUGUAGAAGUAUAUGUAGUAGGGAGUGAGGUGGGAUACGCCCCCUAAAUUAUGUUUAAGCACAUUUUUCCAAUCUAGUUGUUGCAAUAUAACCAACAACUCGAUACCAAGUGUGGAGUUAUUGAAUAUAUUUGAAGGGUCUUUAGUCAGUAUUGCACUGUAUAUAUUUAUUUUCUGCACACUAACUCAUGGCUGGCUGUAAAUCGAGGCUUGCCAAAAAUGAGGGCUACAUGCCAAAAGUAUGGGCUUAAUUGACUGUGAAGAGUAAAAAUGGCUGCAAACGCUGCUAAAAAUGUUUUUUUUUUAAUAAAUCUGGGAAAAUUUAAUGCUCAAUUCUGGCUUUGCAUAAUUUGAAUUACAAUUUAGAUUUCAGCCUGUCAUGUCAGCCAAGCUGAUGUUAAUUGAAACAAUUGUUAUAAGAGCAAGAUUUGAAUAGUUUUCAGUGCAGGCAUUACACAAUCAGCUGGCUAUUAUGCAGUCGGAAAGUCAAGAAGAAUGUAUUUAUUUAGUUAUGUUUUUAUUCUGUAAUUGAUCCCAUUUAUAAUGUAUUGAAGUGUAAUGCUUUCGGCAGAUAUCGCACAAGUGAUGACUUUAUAAAGUACUCUAAAAAGUACAAACACAGAAAUGCUACAAAAAAAAGGACAGGGUUAAACUCAGAUACUUUCCACCUCUGAUUAAAGCUGAUACAUAGUUCAUAUGUAUCCCUUUUGUUUCUCAGGUCCUUUCCAGCCCUCUGAUGACAUGAUGCUGAUGUUCUACAGUUAUUACAAACAGGCCACCGUAGGGCCCUGCAACAUCCCCAGACCGAUGGGCUUCUGGGAUACACGAGGCAAAGCCAAGUGGUACAUUUGUAAUGCAAAUGUAGUUUUUGUGUCUUACAACUAAAUUUAGAGCUAUGGUUGAUGUAGCUCUCCCAAGAGAGAUAUCUGUUCUAUUUUCUUUUUUGAAAACGUAUACAAGUGCCAUGUCCUUACUCACAACUGUGACUUAAAACUGCACAUUUUUGUUGUUCCACGCUCACUCUUUGCUCAGUGUUGAACUGUGACUUUGUGUUGCCAGGGAUGCAUGGAACUCUCUGGGAAAUAUGACCAAAGAGGAAGCCAUGAAAAAUUAUAUUGAGGACAUCCAGCUGGUAAGUCUUUCAAAGAAAAAUAAAGCUGAAUAGAAGCAGCCCACUGAAUAACAAGUAGCUGAACCAGGAGCACACAGUUUUCACUGAAAAAGAAAAAGGACACUGGCAUUUCUGCACUAAACACACAACCAGUGGCCUUUCUAUCGUCAAUCCAGUGCAUAUUUAUGAUUUUUUUGUACAAUAUAAACAUUCGUUUCUGCAAUUUGUUAAUUAAGCAAGUGAUAUAAUUACAACCCAACAGUAUGCAGGUGUUUUUAUUAAGCUGUGUUUGUUUGCUCCAACAGAAAAAAACAGUCAUACUUUCUUGUUAUGUUUCUCUCCCUUUGUCUCCUUCCUUCAUUUUUUAAAACACAUUCUCUAUCAUCCAUGUGUCAUCAGAUCUUGGAGACCAUGCCAAUCUCAGAGGAAGUGUCUGACCUGGUGGAAAUGCUUGGCUCCUUUUACACAGAGGUAGAUGGAGAUGAAAGAGACCCUGAAGAAAAUGAAGUGGACAGGAGACCCUACACAAGGCCUUUUGCACAUCAGGCAGGUAAAGUACUUCAGUGACUCCCAAAAAGGGGUUCUCAGUGGGUGGAUGAUUCCUGUUCUAAUAAAAGACUAUGACACAGUUAAAUGAACUUGAAGACACAGGAAUAUAAGUUGGAAUGGAUAAUUGGUUGAAAUUGUUUGCAUAAUUUGGUGGAUAAACAGUUUAAUAAUUUUGUUAGCGUGGCAGAUUAACAGUUCAAAUAGCUAGCCAGUAGUAAAUAUGGUUAACUUAAAGUUACAGACCAGCAAUUUAUUUAUAUAACCAAAAUAACAGGUAAGUUAAAAAAGAUAGCGUUAAUUCGAAAUAAUUGUACAUCACAGCAUAAUGAUGACAUGUAAUGUAGGGAAAGCUAAGCUAGUGAUGAAAUAGCUAGCACAGUUACUACAUAAACAAACUAAUGGAUGAAUGGUUAAAAUCAGCAGCUAGUAUGUAAUUACAGCCUCCAAAGUUUUGGUAUAGUUGUUAUAAAAUUAUGAAUUUACUGUUAAAAUUCUUAGCUUGAAAUAUUUGUUGACAGAUAUUUAGCAAUAGCUAUGAAUUAAGAGUUUAAACUAAAAGGUAUUUGGAUUAACAGUCUAAAUAGAUAGCUAUUUUGGCUGUUAAUUGUUGAAAUGUUUGGCUAUAAGUAAACAUAAAUAGCUUGCUGAAGUAAUUGAUUGAAAUACAUUUGUGUAUGAUAAUAAGGUUACAAAAUCCACCAUUAUACAUGACAGAUGAGAAAUGAUAAAGAAGUAGAGGACUUUAUCCGACAGGGCCAGGAUGUUAAGCCAAAAGCUCGGAACCAAUGAUACACAUGAUCAGCUGUGCCAUGAUAACUCUGUACUUGAAUGCUCAUCAAAGAAAAAGAAUUAAGUCUCAGGAGGGCUCUGCUGCUCAAGCUGGAUGUAGUACUGCUGUAAAUCGCCUUAGUCAGUCUCACAGAUGAUUUAAAUGGAAUAAUGAGCCCGUCUUACUAGGCCUGGACGAUAUAGAAAAAAAGCAUAUCGAUAAAAAAUAAAUCAUAUUGAUCGAUAUCGAUAAUUAUCGAUAUUAUUAUAAUUAUUUAACAUAUAUUUUAAUUGCAGCCCUGGAUGUUUUAUGCUAUUGCUUAAUGACCUACUUUUAAUAAAGAACACACAAGCACUGAAUUCAAAUUCAAACCUUUAUUCAACCACCUUUUUUUUUUUUUUACCACAACUGAAAGUUUUUUAAAAAAGAACUUAAAAAAAAAAAAGAGAUCAACUUAAGUGGCCUGAGUGAUGUCAGUAAAUACUGACAAACAUAAAGACUAAAGGGACCAGAAAAUCUGAUAAAUAAAUAUUUAAAUAGUCUUUUGAUGAAAAUAAACAAAACAAACAAAUAUAUAAAUAAACAGAAUAGCUUUAGGUGGGAAUAGCAUACUACCAGUUUUAACUAUGUGGGAAACUGCCCACAGCCUGGUGUCUGAACACUGAAAUAUUUCUCCCGGGGUCGGGAGAUUUAUUUUUUUUAAUUAUCAUGUGAUUGACUUAAUACGCAAACUGAGCACGAGAAGCAGGACUUAUCCACGCCGGUGUUGUGUCGUAGAUUGCACCCCUGCCGAAUGCACCCCCUGCUAGUAGCCAUGAUCCAAAUACUCGCGUCUUUGUAAAAUAUGAGCUCAUUUUCUUCCACUUUAAGAAGCUAAUGAGUGGACGGGAUGCAGGGGUGCAUUCUACGGUACAACACCGGAACGUAUUUCCUCCGCACCCUUCUCACCUUUUCAACCCCUGACCCAUUUUCAUGCCUGAAGCGCUGUGUUUGAGAAAUACUUGCGGCCGGGCACUUCAUAUCGCGGGUCGAGAGUGGCUAGAAGCUGGUCGAAGCCAGGCUUUUCAACGGUAGUUAUUGGCAGUAUGUCCCUCGCUAUGAAUCAUGUUACUGCAUGGGUGAUGUCCUUAUGCCGCUCGACGCUUUGUCGUAUUUUGGCAAGAAACUAAGUCCAGUUUGGUCUGCUUCACUUGCUUUGUGCCGGUGCUGGCAGCGGUUCCAGAGGAUUCCUCCUCCGACGACGUGGAGCCGCGGCGCGGCCGACACAGCUCGUACUCCUGCGGCUGCGACCGGUUUAGAUGGUAAAACAAGUUGGUUGUGUUACCAGACUUGGUUUUUACUAAUUCUCGGCAAAUUUUGCAAACGACCGCUGUUCGCUUUUUGUCAGACUUCUAAAAACCAAAACAUUGCCAUGCUGGAGAACUGCUGAGACCUUUUUUCGGGACAAUGUCCUCCGCUUCUCCUUGCUGUAACAUUUUUUCUAAUACACGUGCUGUCUGUUGUGGUUUGAUAGGGGCUGGGCUUGGUGCCGUAGCGUACCUGGGUCUGCGUUUGUGAUUGGUUGGGAGGAAGUAAUGACUGUAGUAAAAGCUACAUGAUAGGCCAUGAUGAAAAAGGAAGGGAAACUGUGUUUUUCUAUCGAACUUUUUAUCGACCCGUUUUUUUUCUAUCGCCCCACACGUCUAUCGAUCGAUAUAUAUUGUUAUCGAAUUAUCGUCCAGCACUACGUCUUACAUGUCUUUUUAUCACUAGAUGAGCUGGUCAAACCCUUUAAGAAACCUACUCUGGAAGGCAAGUCUUUGGUGUUGUCAGUAGCUGUAGUCUCCUUAUGCUAGUGUGAAAGCUUAUUCUGCCUCAUUAAGUUGGUUUUAUUUCUGUUUAAAUGGCUGAGAAAAGAUGGAUAAGUGCAUUGUCCCUGGCUUGCACUGGGGAAACUGCAAUUAUUUCUAGAUGGAUGAAGUGUUAUUGUGAAACCUGUCAUGUGUGUGCUCUAGUGAGUCAGUUUGUUUGCUGUUGGCUUGUGCCGUAUUUGCACUGUGUGGUGUAGAUGUAGUUCGUUGAGGCUAUGAAAUAUAAAAUGUGUUGUCAGUCGUCUGUGGGUAUGUCUUUGCUGUAGGAUUUACACUGAGAAUGACAGAGUUAAUGGAGAGUGUUUCCCCUUGAUGUUCAGGCUAUGGGGAUCUGUGGGAUGAUAUUCAAAACCUCCAAGAGCAUGACAGAGACAGCAGUGUUCAUGGGAAAUGUGUCAGUAAUGAGGAGGCAGAGGGAAGCAACGGAAAUAGUGAAAUGGAGAGAAGUGAGCAAAGUGGUGGUUGGAGGAAAACUGAGGAGGAGGAGAAUGGAGAUGAAGAAGACAAUGCAGAAGAUGAAGACAAGGAGGAGGAAAAAGGUACCUUCAGUAGCUUUUAGCAUUGGUUGUGUUGUAGUUUGAAAUUCAAUGUACUGCAGACACUAAAAGAUGUGCUACAGUAUUCAGGACCAAUAUCUUUUUCAUAGUAAGUAUAUCAAACACUUCACACUAUCAAGCACUUCAAGUGAUACCUGGUGUCACUCAAAAACACAUCAAUGAACUCCACCAUCACAAUGAGUGACAUGUUUCCUCUUUGCUUUAAUCACUCUGUUGUAUAUUUAGAUGCAGUCUUAUUAAAAUGCUGCUAUAAAUAGUCACCAGUGUACUAAAUAUGUAUCAAGCAGCUGCUGAAAAUAGUCCCUGACAAGUAUAUUAUUAAAUCUGGGUGUAAAAGAAAACUUGGGGGUAUUUUAAAAUAUGAAUUAAUAUAAAAAGUGAUCUUAUAGUGACCUGAGCAAACUCAAAAGAAAGUUUUGUCCUUUAAUGCCUAACAGAUUUAUUAUUUGAUAUGUAUUUGAACUUCUGUAAUUCAUAAGAUAAGAUCAGUAUUUCAGGGAGUCGAAAGUAAACAAGCAAUGUCAUGCAGUAUAUAAGACAGAAGAACUGUACCAACUUUGUAAUGCUGUGUCAUACUCCCUUUGCUGCACUCUCUCUGUCUUUGCUGUCAUUUCAGGCUGGAGUCCUGACCCAAGGCUGCUGAUGGUGGAGGACAAGAGGUGGAGGUCUGACACCAGGGGGUCCAGCAGCAGCAUAGAGCCCAGCAUGUCUUCCUUGACCAAUGGGACACACAGCUCCCUCAACAGUGAGGUGGAGGAGGAGGAGCUGGCCUGCUCUGUAGAUCCUGGUGUGCAGUAUAACCCCUACAUGACCUUUAAUGGACACCUGAGUGGUAAGAUUACAAGUAUAGAUUCAAAAGGUGCUCAGUUAGUUACAUAAUCAACAAAUAUACUCAGUAGGUUAGUUAGUUGGUAGUUAAUUUGUCAUCUGCCAGUCAGUAAGUCAGCCUGUGGUCAGUCAAUUCAUGAAUUAUUAUGUUAAUUUGUAAGAAAAUAAGAUAAAUGUCAGUCAGUCAAAAGGUAGGUAAAAAAAAAAAAGUGAUUUUUGGUGAGUGAGUUAGUUAGUUUGCUAGGUAGGUACACAGAAAGUCAGGUUGUAAGGAACUAAGUAAGUCAGGUUGUUUGUAAGCUGGGCAGUCGUUUUGUAAGGUAGCAAAUUAUCAGUUCGAUUGUCAGUAAUUUGUUAGGUUGCUUGUUUGCAAGCUUGUUAGACAGUUAUUUUGAGAAUUAGCUAAUUAAUCAGUCAGACUUAGUUAGUUAGUUAGUUAGUUAGUUAGUUAGUUAGUUAGUAAAUGAGUUUUGAUAAAUAUGUUGAUAAUAACUGUCACCAAAAUAACUGUUACAGAGGCUGACAAAUCUUAACACAUUACACACAUCCACAAAAAAAUACUCAUCAACUCUACAUGUAACAGAGUAUUCUUAAAUGCUCCUCUUGCACACUGACACUCUGUACCUCAUCUCAGUGAAGUUGCAGGUUAGUGAAUGAGUGCACAAUACUAUUAGCAGUGUGUGUUACAGCCUUACAGUGGUAUGAUAACAGGUAGGGAGUGAAGGGAUCUGUUAUUUUGACAGCAGUGCUGGUUUUGGGUGUAAGUUUGGUGCAGUUUAUGACAUUGUGGUGAAGAAAUGGAGCAGUAGGAAAAGGAUGAGUUGAUAUUCUGACACAGCUGAUGGGCUAUACAGAGUCCUUAAAGUUUUUGAAUGGUUUAUAGUCACUGAUUGAGUUUUUGUUUCUAAUUUCCUUUGUGUUUUGGUUGAAGCUGCUGUCCAGUGUGAGCCUGAGAAAUUGAACCAUUCACUGUUUUAAACAGUUUUGAUAAAAGUGAUGAUGGGGACUGGGUUGAAGGGCUACCAGUGGCCAUGUCUUAAGAUUAGCUGACAUUGAGCUGGAGGUGGUUGUGCUCACAUCACUGGGUGACAUGAGCUGCAGUGUUAUGGUGGACCAGAAUAGAGUCAUCACUUCUGCAUAUUUGAAGUAAGUGCUGGUGGGUGAGAGGCUGCUGGCUGUGGUUUCAGUGCACAGAUCUGCAGUGCUACAUUGUAGGUGAUAUUUAUAGGUGUGGUUGUUGUGAUUAAGUAGUUUCCUGAUCAUCAAAUGCCUCUGUGUGGUUGUAUAACAUUUAAAGCACAAGAUUUGACUGAGCAAACCGAUGAAUCCAGGUCAAAAUAAUGAUUGCGGUCCUUACGAUUUAUACCAUUCAAAAAUAACCACAAAUUGAACUAAAUAGUUCUAACAACAUCCAGGAUAGCAAAAUGUUUUAUCACUGUUUUAUGGCCCCUCGGUGGCAGUGCAUAUUAGAUAUAGAAAGGUUUGUGUUGGAUAAGAUUAGAUUUAGUUAGAUAGAUUUGUAUUGAUUGGGAAGGUUCCCUCAAGGAUAUUGAAAUAUUUGUUAAAAUAUGGCAGAUCUGAAAUCAAACAUUUCCCUUUAAAUAAUCUAAUACGCUGAACAACAGAAGUUUUCAUUCAGAACCAGAUUUUUAUCAACAUGAUAAAUGUACACAACUUAGCUUUCUUUUUGAGUCUCUCUUGGACUUAUCUUCUAUUUCUCUUUUUGGUUAAUUCCCUAGAAUGCUUCACAUGUAAAUAUUUCUAGGUGGCAGAAAAUGGUAUAACAACAGAAAAAUUAAAACAAAAUAUUAACAAAGUGUGUAAGAAAAACACAUAAUGUCCUGGGGGCACUGUAAUGCAUAUUACUAUGUAAUGCACUGCUGCAUAUGUAUCCUCUGCUGUAUAUUUAUAUUUUUAUUCUAGUCUUUCACAGGACUUCUGCUACAUAUGUAUAUAUAUAUAUAUAUAUAUAUAUAUAUAUAUAUAUAUAUAUAUAUAUAUAUAUAUAUAUAUACUGUAUAUAUAUAUUGCUGCUGGUUUCAAAUCACCAUAAACCUUAAACUCCUGCUGCACAUAUUUACAUAUUCAGUAUUCAUAUAAAUAUGUAUUCCUAUUCCCUUUGCAGUUCUUGCACAUUGUAAUAACCACUAUCCUUAUAAUAUCCUUCUGCACCUUAUACAUACAUAUAUACCUUUUGCAUAUAUCUGCACUGUACUGAAUCUGUAAACUGAGACCUAUGCAAAUGAUUUUUCUUCUGUAUUCACCUGCUGCAUACGAAAUGACUUUAAAAGUCUGUCUAAGUCUAAGUAAUGCCAAACAGGGGUGAUGUAUUUUGUCAAAAUUGUGGAUUUUCUUUCUCUUUGGAUAUUUUGGGGACUUAUAGCCAUUACUUGAGAGGACAACUGAUGAGGGCGACAGGAGAUAUGGGGAGGGCAUGACAUUUACUAAAUCCUGUCAACAUCAGGAAUCUAUCCUGCAACCAAAGAAAUGCAUAAAAAUAAAAUUAAAAAAAAACAUUAUAUAGCUCUUUAAUUGAGCAUUAAAAGCAUUUAAAUUGAUAUUUGGGUUCUGUGUUUUGCACGAUUUAGAUCACAGUGGUGUUGUUCAUGAGAGGAACCUCCGCAGAUCUACAGACUCCGACAAUGAGGAAUUCUGUGACUCAAUGGAGCAUCUAGCCAUGGAGGAGGUAGGUUUUUAUUUCCUUGUAUGCGCCCCAAACGUAAUGAUUACUUCAGAUACGAAGAAAUGCUUAUUGGUGUUCUUUAUGUUGAUUGGCCUUCUUGUCUGUACACCGAAUUCUGCAGCCAGCUGGAGCCAAGAGACAUUUAACUUAGCUUAUAGUUUAAAGGCUGGAAACAAGGGAGGCAAUAUGACAUUAAGUAGUUCCACUAGCACCUCACUAUACAAACAGACUAAAAAGUUAAUUUAAAGAAAGUUUUAGUCCAACACUUUGAGUUAUUUUAUUUGUACAUGUUGAUGGGCUAGGUUUGCAGUGAGUGAAUCAGCCUCCUUUUACAACAAAAAAAAACAGUCCAGGACAAGUUGUAAAGGAAAGUCCGUAAACUUUUCUCUCAGUCUUGAUAUUGAUACAGAUAUUGCUGUCACCGGCUACAAAGAUUAGGUUUUUUAAGUGCAGGUAUAUGUGAUUCUAAAAAUUCAAACAGGACAGACUGGCUCCUGUCUUUGGGCAAAGUUUUAAUACCCUCCUCUCCCUGCUCAAACUUCAUGUGUUAUUACUGUAAGAGCUGUAGCAAUGUUCUCAAUCAUAGGUAAGAAAUCAAAAAGUAUUUUUCUAAAAUAGUCAAACUACUCUUUGGUCAUUCUUUUUUUUUUUUUUAACAAAAGAGACUCAUCAAGAGUAACAAUUGAAUUCAAGAAUUGAAUUAUUCUGACUUAGUUACAGCCAUUGACACUACAGUUGACUCUCCUCUCUUCCCAUGAAGGGCUUGUGUUCGUCCAAAAAUCUGCCAUCUGCAUCAAGAGCAGCUUCAGUGAGGCAAAAAGAUCUUUGGUAUGAGAGCAGCACAACCCUGAAUGGAGGAGAGGAUCAGGUACUCAUGGGAGAGUCUUACUUUAAAGAAGGGAUUAGUACAAGCCAACACAGCAGCUCCUUGUCUAGAAGAGGGAGAGGUGAGUCUGCAGUCGCCAACUUUGAUUAAAACUGACACUGUGUCCCUCAUUGACCCUUCCACUGAGACACACUAGCUUACUCUUUGAAGCAUUUAAAGUAUCGAAUAAACAAUAACACAGCAACAUUUUCCUCAUGAGUUGCAUUUGUUGCACUUGGCUGUCACAUUUUGACUUUGUUUCAGGUGUUCAGUCACCAAGGGCAACCUGCAGCUCUCAGCGAUGUGUUAGUGUAGAUACUGCGUGCUGUUGUGUGUCACAGAGCAGACAUCCUGUCAGCGCCAUCAGGGGAAACGUGGAUGAGCAAAUAGCUACAGCUCUGCUCAGGCUGCAGCAUGACAUGGCAGCUGUGCUGCACAGGUUGCAUGCUCUGGAGGUGCUAACUGUGUCACAGGUGAGAGACAUCAAGCAUUAGAUGCCCUAUUUACAUGUGAGUGUUACAACCGUUACUUUUCAUCGCAUAAUUUUCAUCACAGUCCAAUCAACCUCCUUUCACAAAGAAAUAGCAAAUUUAACUUUGCACUCUGACAAAUGUCAAAUACAUGGUAAAUUAUCUGACUUUUUUUAUUUCGUUUUUCAGUCAAGAACAUCUACACCGAGGCAGGAGGACUCUCUACAAGUCACGCAAAAGGUUUCUUUGAAUCCCUGGUUAUUGGUGCAAUUUUCAGUGACCAAGCUGUAUGCUUUCUGUUUUUAUUAUUAUUAUUUGUUUUGUUUUAAAAGGUACGCUCUGACAUAAGUUUGUGUUUUUGUAGUUCCUGAGGCCCUCCUGGUGGCCUUUUGACUUCUGUCCCCUUACCGUAGUGUUGACGGCACUCUGGCCUCUGAUUUCCCAUUGGUUGGUCCAACUGUACUUACAACGGAGAAGAAGGUGAAAAAAAUAUAUCAUUUUGACCUUUGGCAAACUCUUUGUCCCAAAGCCUAACUUUAUGUGUACUAAAAUUUAUUUUCUGGUUUUCUUUUUACAGGAAGAUUCCCUGAAUUGCAUGAUCGCUGGAUAAAAACCUUAGCACUUUGGUUGCUUUAUGGCUUUAUGAAGUCACAAUUAACCCCACUCUUAUGGGGUGUAAUGAGGCCAGCAUAGACAUAGAAAAGGCUACACUAGAGAGGUAAAGAGGUAGAUUGCCAGAGAGCGGUUUAAAGGGAGAUCCUGCUGUGAAGUGUAGCAUUUUGACUAACUGACAGAAUUAAGAGGCUUAGGAAAGAGAAGAUUUACAUUAUGAAUGCUUGCACAUUUUCUUUCUCACAGUAUACCCAGCUUUAGGUGAUAAUCUUAUUUAUAGAAGUCUCACAGAUCAAUAGAAGUUCAAUAUACUAUACACAUAAUAUACUCAUAACUCAAACAGCAGUUGUUGAAAUUACAGUAGGUAACCAUUGUCAGUUCUGGUUGUUUAGUUUGUUUUACGUCUCAUUUUAUAUGUGAGUUUCCUUUGAAGGUUUUGUCCAACAAAAUAUUUAAAACCAAGAACAUCAGUGUUUACAUAGUUAUGCUCUGAUAUGUAGAAAUGCAUUAGGAGUUCUUCUCUUUCAUAUACAAAAGGACAAAUAUAAUAUUUUAAAUGUGCAAUUAUGUAUUUAUUUUAUGGUUUCAGUGCAAUCAUAGAAAAAAGCACACUCUCACUUUGCAGAAAGUACAGGACAAUCCAUAAAUUUGUGUUCUUGUCUCUUUUUUUAUGUAAGGUGAAUUAAAUAAUUGUUUAAUUCAGGAUGUAAUAUUACUUGACCUGCAGUUGUAAAACAUACAAAUAUGAACCAAAUUUUGACAUGCAAUAAACUCAUUCUCAAAGAUUAUCAGCUGGACAUUUUCUGUCUGCUCAUUUUAUUUUUUCAUCAUGAGUGUGGAAAAGAAGGUGCAAAGUUAUGGACUUCUUGGUUUUCAUAGCAUAUUAUUAUCAACUUUACUUUUUAGUAAAAACAACUUAUCAGUGACACGUUAGAAAAGUAGGACAAGUAAGGACAGAAUGUUUUGUUUAAGCAGCAGUUAAAAUGUAGAUAAUGUGGGAUGGAAAACAAACACAGUGACCCUGCAUCUUUAGAUUUUAAUAUUCAAAAGUAAUACAUACAGAAAAUGUCAACAACACUGGGCUGAUAGAGUGGUUAAGGAAUUCAAAAAUACACACAAGACAUUUAUCACUAUAUUUAUUCUCAGUACCAGUCUUUGCAGACAAACAAACACUGGGGAACAAUUUCAAAUAAUAGCACACGUAUCAAGAUGUUGGCAAUCAUAAUUGCUUGAUAGAGUAAAAUAAAUUGAAGGACAUGGUAUGUUGGUUAAGACAAACAUACAGAGACAGACAGACCAAGAGGCCUUGGUGAACAGGAAAUAACAUCAGGAAAGUACUAGAAACUGGAUAACUGCUCUAUGCACAGCCCCACUACUUCCUAAACUUAAGGCAGCUCCUUUAUUUCCCGUAUUACAUGAUUUGACAAAUUGAUUAAUCCAGGUGUGAUUGAUUGUUGUGACUAGUCAGACACACCUGGAUUAAUCAGUUUGUCCAAUAAUGUAAGAAAGGAAAUAAAGGAGCUGCCUUAAGUUCAGGAAGAAGUUUUUUUUUAAAAAUUGAAUUAUAAACAAACAAACAAGGCAAUUAUUUAUCAUAACAGAGAAUUCAAGAAUAUUUGCCUUAGAUUGAGCAUGAAUAACAUCAAGAGAGAAAAAAAAGAAAAGACACAAUUUCAAAGUUAGAGGCCAUUCUAUUUCAAUUCGAACAUUUCUAGGAAAGAAAAUAGGCGUAGGGCUUUCUUGUCUGUGACAAGUUUUAAGGAUUUACAAAAAAGUAGCAACUCAGUCUUCCAGUGAGGUAGGCAUGGUUUUGUUUUGAAAUAUCGACACAUGUGAAUGAAGAACUUCCCCAAAAGCAA